UGGGAGGCGAGAUUCGAUACUAUUGGUUGAGCUUUUUUUAAGUCCCAGGCGUUUUAUUGGAGUUAUCGAAGCUCAAUAUUAGUCAUCAUAAUACUCACUUUUUAGUCAUCAAGGUGGUGCAUGCUUUGCUGCUAAAAGGGCCUGUCAUGUAGGCCAUGCUCUCUGUCAAUAUAUGUGUAUCAUAUAGUAUCAUGUACGUAAUAUCCGCGAGCAUGGGAGUGUCAUCUGUCUUUGGUGAUCUGGAUUAUUCCUCUGCAUUGCUAUACACUUAGGAGAAAAUGUUGACGUCACGUGAAAGAUAGACGCCCGGACCAACAGUGUUCCUUGUCCAUAACUAAAAUCUCUCCUACAGCAUACCUUUAAAAAAUUAUUAAUGAGCACCAGCUUGUGCAUAAUCCCCCCAGUUCGAGCUCAGAUUAUUCUACAUGAUCUUAGUAAUCUAUAUAUGGAUCUUCUAAGCUACUUUCGUUUAUGCGACUGUUGUCAAGGAAUUCGAAAUGACGGCAGUUAUGGCCUUGCGCGCCGCGGUGCACAAUCUUUGUACCAUCCCGGUGAAGGAGUUGACCUCGACGGCUGAAUAUAUUGCUACAACGAUUAGCGAAAGCAGUGCGAUUCUGUCUGUACCGGCUAACCAGGGUCAAUCCGCCGGCGAACCCGACAAAGCAGGUCUCCUCCAAAAAUUGAAGGCCCGCAUCACCAGCCUGUUACAGGAUAAGACGGUUGAAGGACGAUGGGCCGGCGUGGUUAUUAUGAAAGCAACGGUGGAGUCUGGGAGAUGGGAGAUAUUACGUGGCUGUGAGCCCUGGGCUCGCUAUAUACUGGCUAUACUAGGUAAACCAGACCCAUUAUCGUUGAAGAAACUGGGUAUCUUGUGCCUUACGCGGAUAUUUCAACUCACGCAUCCAUAUCCAACACUGACUCGAGAAAUAACGACGCCUAUGCUACCACAGUUCAUAACCGCUUGUCUAAACACUAUAUCCACACCCAGCGGCACCAAAAACAGAACCUUAAAGUACGGGAACUCCUUAGUCGACACUGUAUUGUGCUCCUUCUUAACGCUCCUUCCAAACCAUCCAACCAUUUUCCGGCCUUUCUUGACGCAACUUCAAACACUUGUCCUGCCGCUGGUAGCUUCAUCGAAUACGCAAAAUGUGAUACCCCAGUCCACGAGGUGGGCUGCCCAGCAGCUCUUCGUAUCACUUCACCAGUGUGCUCCAAAGAAUACAGGAAAUGAAGAAUGGGCCAAGGCUAUUCGUACCACAAUUCUAUCUGCACAUCGAACUACGGACCACUUGUUCAGAUCUAUAGUAGAGCACUGGAAAUCAGUUGAUUCUACAUUGCCACAGGGAACUUGUAAUAGGCCUUCACACUCCAUUGUUGGUGACUUCGGAAUUGGCCCUCUUGAGCUCCCUCCCUGGUCCGGAAUACAACAAGGAACUGGGCGGUUAGUUGGUCUACUAGAGCUCUUGUCGAGUUUCCUCAAGUCAAGAUCGAACUCAACAGUUUCCAUACCUGUAGGCUCAAUUCUUGAUCUAACAUGCCGGCUGGGGUCUAUCGCUCCUCCUUCAAUCUCAGGAGAGCAUGGUGCCUCCAUCAAUCCCGAGAUAAGUAGAGACGAACGAGAAGCAUUACUGAGCGUAAUACCUCCCAUGCAUGCAGCCUCUAUGGGCGUACUACAGUCUCUCCUUGAAACUUUUGGCACAGAGAAUCUUUCGAUUGCCAGAAGCUGUUUGGAACAAAUUAUCUGGAUGUUUACGUCUUCAAAUCCUGCCCGGUCUGUCCGAGAAGCGGCAUAUAAAUGCUUUGUUGCACCACUCACGAUUCUGGGCCCGUCACUGACCAAACCAGAUGUCCUGUCGCUAGUACCAGUCCUCCAGACCGCAUGCAGUGAUAUAGUACCGCCCAAAGAUUCUGCUAUAGUCACUGGAAAUACGACCUCAGGUGGCAAGGGCACAUCAACUUCAACUGGAACCACCGAUGCAGAUGCAUUCUUACAGAACAAGUCGAAGCUAAGUCCCGGACAUUCCAACGAGACUGGUCCUCUCGCAGAUUCAGCUGUCAGAUUAUUACUCGCGACCAUUACAUAUGUUCAAAUCGAAUAUAUUCCCUUGUCAGUUCGUGCGAAGAUUGAUCGCACAUCAAUCCUUGCUGGCAACAGUGAUCUUAUGGUGGCCUGUGUUCUUAAUCCAAUACCUUCAACCGAGUCGCAGCGUGGACAUCCUAGCAUACUCCCAUUCCUGGCGAGAAGCCAGCCUAGUAACUCUAGGGUUGAAGGGUUACUUCGGCCUCGUAUGCCUGUGAUAUUUACUGGGGCAGGCAGGAAAGGAAGAGCUGAAAUCGAAGAUUAUGAGAAUGGCACUGAGGUAAAAACACACAGCGGCGAUUCUUUGAGCAAACAAAACCCCGAUGCGCGGGAGUUCUUGGCUGAAAAGUUUGGGCCCCGUCCAGCCCCCAUUACCACCGAACCUACAGCCCUGCUGAGCGAUGCUGGACGAAAUAAACGAAGACAUCAGGAUGAUGUCGACAAUGCUCUUCCAGCUGAUUCGCCACAGCCCGAUAAACGACCUCGGGUUCAAAAUGAUAUACCAACAUCCUCUGAUGCCUUACCGAGCGGGAAAGUGGCUCAAGCCCUUGAUGUUCUGUCAAGCUCAUUAAGCGGUCCAAGUGAUCAGAAUACUUUGAAAAUGAACGUGUUUCCGGAGCCCGAAAUCAACCAUCCUACCCAAGACAAAGCCCAAGAGCCUAGUCAACCGCCAACGAUAACCGAAAGUCAUGAAAAAGUUCCUGCGGCUGAUGCGGAGAGCGAUGACGAGAUUCCUCAGUUGAAUAUUGAAUCCGAUACUGACGAGGAGGGUGAAGAUUGA